UACCACAAGAUCAGCUCUCCUCUCCUCUCUUUGUAAAAGAAUAAAGGAAACCAUAUUCUGAACUCUUUGCAUUGCAAAAUCCCACUUUCUAGGCCUUGGGGAACAAUACAAGUGGCAUUAAUAUGCUGGAAGUGAAUUCACUGCAGUCCCCUUGGGGCAGGGACUCGUCCUGCUUGGCAAGUGCCACAUGCAUGGAUAGCACAACAUACAGACCUACUAGCCACCAAUGGCUAAGAAAUCAAAUUCAUGAACAGAGGCCCACGAGUGUCCAGGUUACAAGAAGUCAUCAUUCCACUCUCUUCGGCACUGCUCCGCCCUGGCACCCAUUCCCCAUCAUGGAGUCCGACGCUCUGACGGUCCUGCUGAGCGGCACCAGCGCCCGGGCUCCCCGCCUGUGCCGUGCCGGCCUGGCUGUGCUGAUGGCGCUCCGGCUGGGUGCCCUGGCUUUGGGGGCAAAAACCCUGUGGCGGGACGAGGUGGGAGACCUGCUUUGCAACGCCACCCUCCCGAGCUGCCUCCUCGCCUGCUUCGACGCCGCCUUCCCCGUCUCGCCCUUCAACCUCUUCCUGCUGCAGAUGGCGAGCGUGCUCACCCACGGCCUGGCCUGUGCUCUCCUGUUCCGCCCGCCGGACAGCCAGGGGAAAGGCGCCUGGUGCCGGGGCCGUCUGGGAGGCAAGCCCUGGGAGCUCCGGCUGCACUGGGUCACGGCCCUGGCGAGGGUCCUCUUGGAGGGCACCUUCCUCAUGGUGUUUCACGGCCUCUACAGCCAAUUCCCGCAGGUGUUGCACUGCGGACCUUCUGCGUCCUGCCCGGAAGCGGCCCUGUGUGCCAUCGAGAAGGCCAAGUGGAAAGACGCCUUCAAUACCUUCGCCACGGGAACUUCCUGGGUUUCCAUCACACUCUGCCUCAUCGCCCUGCACGCUGCAGCAACAGACGUACUGCUCACUCCGCGGAAGCUCAACUGGGGCGUCUUCCCUUAGCCCCUUCCGAUUCAGUCGGCGUGUCGGAGGGCGGUGCGGGAGGCAUCGUACUGAACACAGACCAAGGCCUACUCCCGGCUACGAAACCUCUCCCUUCGCACUGAAAUAGGGCUAAGAGCCUCUCUUCCUUCAGAAAGCAGGCCAAAAACUUCAGGUGUUCUGACAUGCGCUGGAGCAAGGUGACCCCCACGAGGUAUUUGCUGUUGCUCGUUUGAUAUCAUUUCCGUUUUAUGGGUUUUAAAUCGGAAUGGUCCUUUCAAAUCAUUGCCAUUCAGAGCUUUGAAGGAUGUCAAUAGAGAGGGGAAGGCAGUGUGGUAUACUGGCUAGAGUGCCAGGCUAGGCCAAGGUUGAAACCCUUAACUCAGCCACAGAACUCACGGGGUGACUUUAGGCCAGCCACUCUCUUCCUCAGCCUCCCUUGCAGGGUGGUGGGGGGAGAAAUUUGUAUGCCAUCCCGAGCUUUUUGGAGGAAGGUGGUGAGAUGCAUAUAAAGAUAAAAUUUUCUAAAUAAAUGAA